GCGCGGGUACAUAAGCUCUAGCACGACGAAUCAUCGAACAUUCAUCGCGAGAAAAUGAGGUUUCCAAUGAUAUCCACAGCGGCGUUAUUGCUGGCUUUAGUGACGGAUGUCCUUGGAGCCCCAGGGGGGGGCCACGUCCCCAUAUUUCGCCCCUCUCGGAACUACUUCUCCUCAUCAGAGCACGGAUUAAUUGGUUGCGACAACGUCACUGGGUUAGAGGGCACCUGGGUUUGGAACGGAAACGACACGAACCAAUGUGUGUCUCUGGUCAAGCGAAAAUGCGAUAACAUGAUACGCUAUACUACACAACAGUGGGUCAUGGGCAUAGAGGUACGUCAUAAUUGUGAUAAAAUCCGCCCGUGGACGGCCAUUGCAACCUUCACGGCUGAUGGCGACAAGUAUCCAUUGGAUCAUGGCCAUGCAGCCAUUUUUGAAUCCUGCAGCCCUCCAAAUUGCAUAUGGGUUUACGACCAGAAUGUUACCCAGCAGGUGCAUCGUCAGCGUUUCUGCGACUACGCCGACAACUUCUCCACUAUUCGGCUGCCGUAGAAAAGUACGUCAGAAAAAAAGAAAUCUUUGAUCCAAUCUGUAUCCUAUCUCUGAUUGCUUGCCUUGCAAAUUAACUGGUUUGCAUUUUACGCAUUUUACUUUUCGUUCUUUUGGUGUUUUGCCCGAAUGAGACUAUAUAAAAAAAUAAAAGCUUCCAACACGAA